AGGUCUUAUGAUAGCGUAUUCCUCGGAUAUUCCCUGUACGAGUUCAUAUACAAUUCACUGGCGCAUUUCUCGUUGAUUCUCUUUAGAAAUUCGAAGUAGUAAAAUAGUAUGAUUUACAGCUCUGUGUAUUUCUUGCACUAGACUGUUGGAUGAAGAGAGAGAUUUGGGUUUGAGUUUCCACGUUCUUAGGUAGAGAGAGAGAGAGAGAGAGAGAGAGAGAGCUAAACAAUAGCCAAUUUCUUAUCAUUCUUUUAGUCAAUAUCUAUAAAGUAAACAAAACGCACAGAAAGAAACAAAACAAUCUCGUCAGUAUAGACAUACAAAAGUGUUCACGUCUUUUUGGCUUCAUGCUUAUCGCUGGUUCAGUCAUCUCCUGCCAAAAAGUUGCAAUCGUAGGUUGGAAAAAGAAGAUCCCUACCUCCCUUAUCUGCUCCAGUAAAAGAUUGAUCCCUCCUUAUCUGGGUGAAGAGGAGGAUCAGAAGAGGAAGAGAGAGAUGGGUUCGCCUGGGAUGCUAGCGAGGAGGGCUUUAUUGACUGAUACACCGGUGAUGGUUCAGAUUCAGGAAUUGUUCCGAGGUUCCAACGAUCUACUUUCUCUAGCUCAGGGAGUAGUGUAUUGGCAACCACCAAAGAGAGCUUUGGAUACGGCAAAAGAACUUGUGUGGGAUCCUUCAGUUAGUCGUUAUGGUGCUGAUGAAGGUCUUCCCGAGCUUAAGGAGGCAUUGAUUAAAAAGCUGCGAGUAGAGAACAACUUACACAAAUCUUCCGUGAUGGUUACGGCAGGCGCAAAUCAGGCAUUUGUGAAUUUAGUUCUGACAUUGUGUGAUGCUGGGGAUUCUGUAGUUAUGUUUGCACCAUACUACUUCAAUGCGUACAUGUCAUUCCAGAUGACAGGUGUAACUAACAUUCUGGUGGGUCCUGGUAAUCCAAAGACACUUCAUCCUGAUGCAGAGUGGCUAGAAAAAACUUUACAGGAAACUAAACCAACCCCGAAGCUUGUUACUGUCGUUAAUCCUGGCAACCCCUCUGGAACCUACAUUCCAGACCCUCUUCUCAAGAGGAUUUCAGAUCUCUGCAGGGAUGCUGGAUGUUGGCUUGUUGUAGAUAAUACAUACGAGUACUUCAUGUACGAUGGCCGCAAACACACCUGUGUGGAGGGUAAUCACAUAGUCAACGUUUUUUCUUUUUCUAAAGCUUAUGGGAUGAUGGGAUGGCGUGUCGGAUAUAUAGCAUACCCUUCAGAAGUAGAGGGCUUGGCAGCCCAACUCCUCAAAAUCCAAGACAACAUCCCAAUCUGUGCGGCUGUUAUUUCUCAACGCCUCGCCCUUUGCGCCUUAGAAGUGGGUCCCGAGUGGGUCACUGAGCAAGUGAAAGAUCUCGUCAAGAACAGGGAAAUAGUUCUAGAAGCGUUAUCCCCUUUGGGAAAAGAUGCCGUGAGAGGAGGAGAAGGUGCAAUUUAUCUAUGGGCAAAGCUCCCGGACAAAUAUAUCGAUGAUUUUGAAGUUGUUCGUUGGCUUGCUAAGAAGCAUGGGGUGGUUAUUAUCCCGGGCAGUUCCUCUGGCUGCCCUGGGCACGUUAGGGUCUCGUUUGGAGGAUUGGUAGAGCACGAUUGUCAAGUUGCUGCUGGGAGGCUGAGAAAGGGAUUAGAAGAACUGGUGAGUGAUGGGAUGGUAUAGUAACUCUUCUGCAACGAUUGAUUCAUUUUGAACACAUUGUUGUAUUCUGUUACCCAUUGAUCUUUAGAGCCCCCUAUUUCUUAAAAAAGAAGAGGAGCGAAGCAUCUGGAAUACCGGAGUGAACGACAAGAAAUGCGCUUGGAAAUAGUUUCAAAUGAAUUCUAAUUUGACUGCUUCUGAAAUUGCCCAUCGAAAGUGGGAAAUGAGAUGCGAUUGAUACAUUUGAUAGUAAUAUUCAUUCUGGUUCUUUGCAUCCAGAAUUUUUAUAAAUUUGGGAAAUUGUGAUUUCUUAUGGAAA